AUGCGCCUUUUGCAGCUUCACGACGAUGGCAAAUUCAGCCUUGCCGAAUAUCUAGGCAACAACAUUCCGCGUUACGCUAUUCUUUCGCAUACUUGGGGGUCUGACAACGAGGAAGUUACAUACCAAAACUUGUUGCAUAGUACAGGAAACGAUAAGAUUGGAUUUCGCAAGCUUACAUUUUGCGGAAAUCAAGCUAAGAAGGAUGGCCUGCAGCAUUUCUGGGUAGACACGUGCUGCAUUGAUAAGUCAAGCAGUGCAGAGCUUUCAGAGGCGAUCAACUCUAUGUUCCGGUGGUAUCAGAAGGCAGAGAGAUGUUACGUGUACAUGGCCGACGUUUCGAGAUGCAACGUUGAUGGAGAUGGUGACUCUUCCCAAAGAUGGAAGCCAGCUUUCAGACAGAGCAGGUGGUUUACACGCGGCUGGACCCUUCAGGAACUCAUCGCACCCGGAUCAACCGAGUUCUUCUGUAGAGAGGAAACAUACCUCGGCAACAAACGAUCGUUAGAGCAGACCAUCCACGAGAUUACAGGAAUUGCUAUUGGAGCUCUUCGGGGGGAUCCCUUGUCCCAAUAUAGUAUCGAUGAACGACUCUCGUGGGGAGCAAGACGUAAAACGAAACGCGAGGAAGAUGAAGCGUACUGUCUAUUAGGCAUUUUGGGUGUCUAUAUGUCGCUUAUAUAUGGCGAAGGACAGGAGAACGCGUUUGCUCGGCUUGAAGAACAG